UCUCUUUAACGACACAAACGAUCAUUUCAUUGUGUUGCGUUCGUCGUUUGAGUGCUAGUAGGUUUUCUUAACAGUAAAUUUCUGCCUCGCAUAAAUAAAGAACAAAAAAUUACAGUUAAUUAUUUCUCUCACAUUCGCAAGGGUUUGCAUGGAAUAAUUAAGUGAAAAAUAUUUACAUAAAAAGGAGUUUUAUUAAUUAAAAAUAAAAACAAAAACAUAACGUGCAAUGGAAAUAGAAAUUAAAGAAGAGCCUUUGGAUGACUGUGAAAAUGCCCAGGAAAUAUUCAACAAGCAACAAUGCCAGGAAGAAGAAGCUGCAGUAACGAGUUUGCUGAAACAGCAAUUGCAAAUGGCCUUUAUUAAGGAUGAACCACUUGAUGAUAGUGACAUUUUCACAGUUGUAGAGGAGCACGACCAGUUUAUUACCGUCAGCGCAGCCGAUAUGAAAACCCAGGAUGAACUGCAAUUUAUUAAAAAAUUGCACGAACCAAAGAGGACGAAAUUUUCUGGUUCCUGUCCGAAAUGUUUGAAAGAGUUCAACAAGCGUUCCUCAUAUUCAGAGCACAUUAAACGUAAUAACUGUAUUGUCAAGCGAAAAUGUUCUGCAUGUCCAUUGACUUUUGUCGAACCACAAUCACUGCUGAAGCAUUUGACACUACAUCGUGAUAAUAAGUUCUUUUGUUCCCAAAAUUGUGGAGCAAAUUUUGAUACACUACCUCUGUGCGAAGAUCAUGAAAAACGUAUACACAAAAUUACAAACCCACCAAAAAUUCGCUAUAAACAUUUCUGCUCCUAUUGCCGUGAAGGUUUCAAAACCGAAUUACAAUUGCAUGUUCAUUGGUUGCAAAAGGAUGUAAAUUGUGGCAAACUGUUGCAUGCCGUUGCAACACAUUACAGCAUGACAUCUGAUAUGAUUAACAAUACUGAGAAAUUGGCAAAUGAAACAGACAAUAAAAAAUCAUUACCACCGGCACCAACUUUCGCUGUAACUAAGCUUAGAUUGAAAAGCAAUAUGCCACCGCCUUUGACAGCAAUUAAGAGACCAAAUGAAAUGGUCGUGAAAGAAACAGAAGCAAAGCGUUCUAAAUGUGUUAGCAAUUUGAAAACUAUAUUGCACCAUAAACCAAAUGAAAUGUUGACUGAUUUACUUGCAAAUAUAGAAGUUAAAAAGGAAUCAAUGGAUGAAGAGGAGGAUGUUUUGAACACAACUCCUCUAAUGCCGGAGGUUAUUAUUAAAACAGAGGAUGAAAAUCAAACUGAUAUCCAAUAUAAAACGGCGGAUAAGAAACCCGGUGGAGACGUGUUGAGCAAAAACAAGGAAUUAAAAUCCCUAUUUAUAAAUGAUUCAAAGGAAAUGAAUCCUGAAUUUCAUGGUAAAAUAAUACAAAUGACAGCACCAAGUAAAGUGUCGCAUGUGCCAGCUUUGCAAAAAACCAACAACAACAAUAAACAAAAUAUUAACAACGAUCAAAUUAAAAAUAGUCUCAACAUUGUGGCAAAUGAUGUCAAUAAUAACAGCAACAGUAACUUGAAUAAUAGCCUUAAAAACAUAACAAAUUUAAAACUUCUACGCUUGGCACCAACUCCCAUGGCUCCCUCAAAUAUUAUUUUACCUCCAAACAUACAAUUAAUUCCACUGCAAAAACCUGGGCAACAACAAACAAUUGGAGAAAUUAUGUCGGCGCCAAAAAUGACUCUUCAAAUUCUCAAACUAAUGCCUGCAUCACACUUGCCAAACCAUGCUAAUAACAACAUACUUUUCCAACAACCUUUAAAUGUUGUAAAAAUAGCAAAUACUCCGUUGGUUAUGUCACAACCAAUGCCACAAAAACAAAUUCCAACAAUGAUGCAAUCGCAAUCAAAUUUGAAUUCUCUAACACCAAUCUCAACUAAGCCCAUUGAAACCCAAAAUCCCUCCACGGUUGGAAACAACCAAUCAAGCAUCUCUGUAAACGGUAAUACAACUCAAAAUCGAGAAGAACGCAUACAAUAUAUACCAAAAAAGAAAUUAAUUGCCAUCGAAAGUAUGCCAGAGAAGAAACAUAUAAUCGAUACAAUGAAACAGCAAAUUGCCAAAGUUGCAGUAGGUGAUACAAGUCUGACGGGUAAUGAAACAAAGCAAACUAAGCCACUCAUGAAUAUAUCAAAAGAUGUUGAAUCGAGUAUAAAAGUUCCCGGAUGUCCGCCUACUUUAUAUUUGCCAAUUUUGAGUACGAUAGAUGUAGAAUUGGUGGAAGCUCGCUAUAAAUACCCCGAUUACAAAUACAAAUGGAUUUGUCCAUAUUGUCUUAAGGAUUACGACAUUAAACGUUGCCUUAAAAGUCAUUUAACAAAAGCUCAUCAUUUGACUAGCCGAGAUAUGGAUAAAAUCAACGUACAAGCAAAGGCGUUUAAAAAUGAAGAUGUAGCAACAGAUGCAGAAAAGCAACAAAAAGAAGCUUAUGGUCAAGAGCAAACGAAAAUAAAACAAGAAUCGAAACAAAUAUCAAUUGAUUUGCCAUCUUCUGAUGGAGGCUCCACAAUACCAAAUGAUUUAGACAAUAGCAGUACAACACCUCCCCCACAACCCAUAAAAAUGUCAGCCCUUAAUAUUGUCAAGCCACGUUAUAUUUGUGAGAAAUGUGGCCGUAAAUGUUCAUCGAAAACAAUGCUCAAUGAUCAUAUUUCGGCAAAUUGUAGCCGUGAACCCCAAUAUCCAUGUCAGCAAUGUCCCAAGAAAUUUUAUUCCCUAAGUACCCUGCAAUGUCAUAUGACAAUACAUACGGGAGAUUUGCCGCAUAAAUGUAAUUAUUGUGACAAACGAUUCCGUACACGAGGUCAGGUCACCGUCCACCAUAGGACACAUACAGGAGAAAGGCCAUUUGUGUGCCAGGUAUGUUCCCAGCGCUUCACACACCGUGAAACGUUAAUCGCUCAUUUAUCUCGUCAUCUUAAUAUGAAACGCUACAAGUGCUAUGGCUGUGAUAAACAUUUUUCCUGCAUCAGCGCAUUAAAAACACAUCGUGAAAUUCGUCCCGAUACCUGUGGCAAAGUGAAAUUCAAUCCCCGAGCAAUAGGACCACGUGUUCGCGUUGUACGUGGCAAUGUUAUCUUUGAGCCACAACCCGAAAUCAAUCCCUAUUUACGUUCGGAGGAUCCCAAAAAUGUGUUGGCUGAAUUACAAAAUCAACCGGAGAGCGUUAAAUAGUUUCUUUUCCGAUUUAAGUUCAAAAACACAACUUUGUUAUUGCAUUUGCUUUUCCAAACUGUUCUUCUUCGUUUUUGUAUUCUACCUAUCUAUGGUCUAAUAUGUAUACGAACAUUAUGCACUGAAACUUUAAUUUAAUAUUUGUGUUUGUAUAUUAAUUUCUAGCAUUUAACCUAUUAUCUAUAAUACACUUUUAAUUGUUAUUAAGAAUUGUUGCUUGCGCAUCCACUCUUUGUAUCCUUUUAUUUUUAUUUCUAUCUGAUUAGAAUAAAAACUUUACUUUUGUAUGCAUUCCCUAAGAAAAUAUGAAGAAUUCAUCUGUUUUGUUAAUAUCAACAAAAAUCAUUAAUAAUUUUAAUAAUAAAGCACCAAAUAAUUAAACAUUAAA